AUGCUGGCAACUGCUAAAUCCAAUUCUAAGUCAUCGAAGCAUGAAAAAGAUAAUGAAUUCUAUGGUGUUUUGAACGAGCCAAAUAUAGGGAAAGUUGUUUUUGGAAAUUAUGAAUUUGAUACCUGGUACGGUAAUGCAGCAUAUUUUAGCUCCCAGGGACCCCAUUCUAUAUUAGGAUAUGAGUUUUCAAACAAGAUAGUGAAUGCUACGGGACAGAAGGAUAAAAAGAAGGUCAUUGAACGGAUAUCUGAGACGGAGAGUAAAUCAAAGAAUGAUUCGUUGUGGUUAGAUAAAUUAUACAUCUGUCAAUACUGCUUUAAAUAUACAGAUAAAGAGCAAUUCAUGGGGCAGCAUCAAGCAGUAUGUCCAUUAAAUUCUAGAUUUCCUUCAAUAGGGGAAUUGUUAUAUAGGGACGACGAGUCUCCGUACUUCAUUAUUCGUGUCAGAGGGUUUAUGCAUCAACUAUUUUGCCAGGCACUUUCAUUAUUCGGGAAACUAUUUCUUGAAGACAAAUCUGUAUACUAUAAUGUGGAUGCAUUUGACUAUUACAUUAUCUAUGGUCUCAAUCAAAAUCUGGAUCAUACAUUUCCAGAAGAAAAGUUUGUUCCUAUGGGAUUCUUUUCGAAAGAAGUACUAUCGUGGGAUGAAGAUAACAAUUUAGCGUGCAUAUGUGUUUUUCCACCAUUUCAAAGGCGGCAUCUUGGUUCUCUUUUGAUAGAAUUUCUGUAUGCAUUGGCCAGAGUUACCCCUGGUCAGUAUAGAAGUGGGCCCGAAUUUCCAUUAUCUCCGUACGGCAAAAUGAGUUAUUUACGUUACUGGUCAAGAAAAUUGGCAUCUAUCCUAUUGCAAACUUUCAAAAUAAAUGAGGAAUUUAAUCUAGCUAAGCUAGCAGAUAUUACUGGUUUCCGGAAAGAAGACAUUUUACUAACUUUGGAAUAUAUGCAAAUAUUACAAGUUACUAGUGAUGGUGGAGUUACUUUGUCUUUUGGCAAUUUGAAUCAAUGGUGCUCUGAAAAUAAUGUUGAUCCUUUGCAAGAGAAGACCAUGUUAAACCCGAAUUGCCUUUUAAUUUAA